AUACUCAUAUUUGACUCUAAAAAAAUGAUAAAUAUAAAGAGAAUUUGAUAAUAAGAUAGAUAAUUAAAUUAUGAGUGAUAAUAAUAACAGGAAAAAAAAAAUGGAGAGAUGAGAGGCAGAAGUAGAGAGAGAGUGACUAGGAAGCAAGGAACAAAAUCAGCACGGGCAUGGGAUCAUUACAGCAGAAUAGGGAGAAGCAGAGGUUUCCAGCCAGAUCAGAGAGUUGACAGGGCAGCAUACAAUCAAGCCGUCCCAUUCUUCUUCACCAACUUUCCAGGGGACUGGAAUUAUGAGCAGAUGUGGAGAACCUUUAGAGGAUAUGGAAGAGUUAUCGACAUUCAUGUACCAGCUAGGACAGAUAAGUAUGGAAGACAGUUCGGGUUUGUCCGAUAUCUUGAUGUGCAGAAUGUCCGCAUGCUGGAGAGGGAGUUAGAUCAAAUAAAGGUAGGAGGGAUCAAGAUUCACGUAAACCAACCAAGAUUUGACAGGAAUGCAAAAAUACAGAGGGACGGAAGCCAGAACACUGUCGAAAAGACCAUCAACUUUGAAGCAAAUAGGAGAGCAGAUAUGACUUAUGCAGACAUCCUUAGAGGCUCAAAGAAGAAUGGACCUGGGAGUGCACAGGCCACUACUACAGAACAACUUAUACAAAACAACGAUAGGGACAGAAAAGCCACUCACAUGACAAAAGGAAGAAAGGAAUGGAUUGCAAAAAGCAGAGACUCCAAAUGGAAAGGGUGGGAAUUCACAGCUGAGGAAUCAGAUUUUGAAUGGGUAAAAGGGAGUUUUGUGGGGACAGCCCGAGCGGUAGAAUUAAUCCCAACAAUUCAAGAGAAAUUCUACAUGGAGGGAUAUUUUUCUAUUUCACUAAAACCAAUGGGUGGGAAGCUUGUAUUACUGCAAUGUGUGGACAAAGAAGAGCUGGAAGACUUAGUAGCUAAUGCAGGAGAUUGGUUAGGACAGUGGUUCGAUGAAGUAAGACCAUGGUCACCGUCAAUGGUUGCUACGGAGAGGUUUACAUGGAUAAAAUGCCAGGGAGUUCCUCUACAUGCAUGGGGACCCAAAUUCUUCCAUGAUUUAAGCAUGAUAUGGGGAAAAUUUAUCUCCUUGGAUGAUAGUACCAGCAACAAAAAAAGAUUUGAUGUUGGUAGAGUCCUGAUUUCUACACCCUGCAUGGAGAUGAUAUCAAAGAAGCUCACCGUGAAGAUAAAUGGAGAACUCUACAAUAUACAGUGCACGGAGGAAGAACACUCCAACAAUCUGUUUACUUUGAGGUCUGAUUUUGGGAUAAAAAACAUGUCCUGUAGUGAUCAUGAUAGUGAAUCUUGGUCACUUGGGUCGGUAGAAGCAGCAGGCUCCGUGAAUGGGUUGCUUGCAAGAUCUGAAAAUCCCUCUGAUACUGGAGAUGAAGAAGACAAUGACGUGGCACCUUGGCGUGAACGGGAUGAGGAAGACUCAAAGGAAAGGCAGUGCCAGGAUAUGUGGUCAACUCAAGCAUUAAAUGAGGCAUCAGAAAAUUACACUUCCAAGGAGAGAAAUUCAAAAUCUAGCCAGGAAAUGAUGGGGGAAACGUCACAUGGGGGUGGAAGAAUGGGGCUAACGGCUGCAAAUUUUGAAAUAAGUAAUGAUGCAAGCGGGAUUAACGAAGUGGAACCAAUUGAAGAAAAUUGUAGUUGGGUUGAAGAAACAAUAGUUGAAAAAAGAGGUUCUCGGUUGGAAAUGAACCAAAAAAGCAACAAGAAGGUGGAUGGAGGGGUGGUUGGGCCAGAAGCGAAUGGGCCAAAAAAGAAGUCCCAUGUAAAAUCUAAACAGACCCAAGAUUCACUGCAAGCCAUUAUACACCUCAAGGGAACAGAGGAACAACCCACUAAUGUGAGAAGCAACGGGCCAGAACAGAUAAAGAAAAAAAGAAAUGGGUGCAGCUCAAGUGUGAGUGAAAGCUGGAGGUCUUUUUUCCAGGAGAUGGACAGUGACACUGGGACGGUGAGACAGUGGAUGAAGGGGAAGGUAGAAUCAAAAACUCGGAAGAAGAGUAGAAGGACAAAGGCAUGUGCAGUAGUUUAUAAAGCAGCCAGGCUAAUCAAAAUAGAGGCAAGGAAAAGAAGAAGAGGAAGAACAAAGAAGAAUCAACCAACAGACAUGUCCUUACCGGAGUUCAUCCCCGAUGUGAAUUGUGCAGUGGCCGGUGAAUCCAUAAACGACAGCAAUAUCAACAAUUGUAAUAGGGCCAUUUUAAAAAGCAAGGAGGAAUUUGGAGCAAAGGAAAUUUGGGAACUUGCAAAAGAAAUUGGUGUAGAGACACAGGGGAAUGAGGAACUUAUCCUACAGAAAUUGGAGCAGCUAGAGGAAAGGGACAGGAAUCAACAGAAACCCAACAAUCAAACACGCACUCUUGGAGGGGAAGAUAGAGGUAUUUGUAGUGAAUUGUGGGGGAUGAAUAAUUUUGAAUGGGCAACCAUGAAUGCCGAAGGUAGUGCCGGGGGUCUUUUAUGUGUAUGGAAUUGUGAUAUAUUUAAGAUUGAUAAGUCUUUCCAAGGACCAGGAUACUUGGGUGUCUAUGGCUUUUGGGGCAUUGAAAAGGUUCCUAUUUGCAUUAUAAAUGUCUAUUCACCAUGUGACAGCAAAGGAAAGAAUGAAUUAUGGAGCAAACUGGGCAACAUUGUUAACUACAAAGACACAGCUGUGUGCGUGGGAGGGGAUUUUAAUGUCACUAUCUCACAGGAAGAAAGAAGAGGGUGUCGGGGCAUACAGAAGGAGAUGGAGGGUUUUGAGGCGUUCAUAGCAGAAAUAGGGUUGAUUGACUUACCAAUGAUUGGGAGAAGGUUUACCUGGUAUCAACCAAAUGGGAGAGCCAUGAGUCGCCUCGACAGGUUCUUAAUAAAUGAGGAGUGGUUUGUAACAUGGGAAGGCUUGAAACAGUGGGGUUUGAUGAGAAGCAUCUCAGAUCACUGUCCAGUGCUAUUGAAAAAUGAGGUGAAGAACUGGGGGCCAAAGCCAUUUCGCUUCUUUGAUGCUUGGCUUAGGCAUCCGGAAUUCAAAGGCAAAGUGGCAGAGGUGUGGAGAACAAAGGAGCUCCAAGGAACAGGUGGCUUUAUUCUCAAAGAGAAACUAAAAGCAACUAAAGUAUACCUGAAGAAAUGGAGCACAGAAUACAAUAGUGAGCUGAACAAAACAAUAGAAGAAUGCAAGGAAGUGAUACUCCAAAUAGAUGUGAAAGGUGAAGCUCAAACAUUGACUGAAGAAGAGCUGGAAUUAAAAAAGAAGAAUGAAGUCGAUCUGUGGCAAAAAAUGCAGAUCAAAGAUUGUAUGGUGAGACAAAAAGCAAGAACUCAAUGGCUCAAACUCGGAGAUGCAAACUCAAAGUUUUUUCAUCAAUGCAUCAAAGGCAGAUGUCGUAGAAAUGAAAUUAACUACCUGGAGGUGGGAGGCACCAAACUAAUGGAGAUCACAGAUCUAAAGGAAGGUGUCAUGAAGUACUUCCAGGAACUACUCACAGAAGAAGAUUGGGAAAGACCAACACUGGAGGGAAUUGAAUUCAAGAAGGUCACACUUGAGCAAAACAUAAUGCUGACUGCAAAAUUCACAAAAGAAGAGAUAAAGGAAGCUGUGUGGGACUGUGACAGUUCAAAGGCCCCAGGACCAGAUGGAUUCAAUUUUGGGUUUCUCAAAGCAAUGUGGGAGAUAGUGAAGGAUGAUGUUGUAAAAUUCGUUGAAGACUUUCAUACAAGUGGAAGAUUAGUAAGAGGCUCAAAUGCAUCUUUCAUUGUUCUAAUUCCGAAAAAGGAGAACCCAGUAAGAAUUGAGGAAUAUAGACCAAUUUCGCUAAUCGGAUGCAUGUACAAAAUUAUUGCAAAACUACUUGCAAACAGAAUGAAGAAGGUGAUGGAGGGGUUGAUAAGCGAACAACAGUCAGCAUUCAUACAAGGGAGACAGCUUAUGGACAGUGUAGUUGUGGCCAAUGAAACCAUCGACGAGAUUAAAAAGAAGAAGAAAAAGAGCCUCAUCUUCAAAAUUGAUUUCGAGAAAGCCUACGACAAGGUUUCUUGGAAUUUCAUAGAUUAUAUGCUGAUGCGCAUGGGCUUUGACAAUGUUUGGAGGAAGUGGAUUAUGGAGUGUCUUCGCUCAAGCACAAUCUCAGUUUUAUUGAACGGUAGUGCAACAAAGGAAUUCAGUGUGAGCAAGGGUCUGCGACAAGGCGACCCUCUCUCCCCCUUCUUGUUCCUUAUAGCCGUUGAGGGCCUUUCAAAACUACUAGCAUCCGCUGAAAAAAAAGAUUUGUUCAAUGGAAUUACUGUAGGCUCGAAGGGGCUAAAAAUUUCUCAUCUCCAAUUUGCGGAUGACACUAUCAUUUUUGGAGAGGCCUCGGAAAGAAAUGUCAAGGCAAUUAAAAGUAUCUUGAGGAUCUUUGAAAUGGUUUCGGGACUCAGAAUCAACUACAACAAAAGCAAGUUGUAUGGAAUGAAUAUAGAAGAGGAAGUCUCUCAACGUUGGGCCAUAUUCUUGAAUUGCAAAACGGGUAAACUACCCAUGACCUACCUGGGCAUGCCGAUUGGAGCAAGUUUGAGAAGUAAGGACACCUGGGCAGAACUGAUAAGCAAAAUAGGAAGGAAGUUGGCUGGUUGGAAAAAUAGGUUCUUAUCCUUGGGGGGGCGUAUUGUCAUUAUAAACUCCGUGUUGACUAGUCUUCCUGUCUUCCUUAUGUCUACUUAUCUCUUACCUGCUGGAGUUCUAGUUUUCAACAAACGACUCUCCUCCGCUCCUUCCCCCUCUGACACGGCGGUCUUCCAUCCAACAAAUUAUUAAGAGUUAACUAACAUUUCUCUUGCAAAUAUGUAGAAUCUUAAUUUUGUAUUAGCUGUAGUAGUUUACGGGCAAUGAGGCAACCUUCAUCUUUUCAGAAUUUGACAGUUUAAUCCUUUAAUUCUUGACUUUUUUCCAUUUUAAUCCUUAUCUAUAGAAAUAAUGAAAUCUAUGUAAAAUCAAAUAAAAUCACUCCU